CAACUUCAAAACAACAAUGACCCAAAUAUUGUAUAAAAUUGCAUAAAAACAAGGGUUUAAAAUAAUUUUAUAAUCCAUAUUUAUAUUAGUGCUUAAAACGUGAAAAUGUUGAAAUAUAUGUUUAUAGUUCUUUGUCCUUUAAGUUUUUUAAAAGCGGAUUAUCAAAUAUAUAGUAAAUUGCAGUCCAAUUUAAUAUUACAGUACAACGGAAGCAAUCAUUUUACACAUAAUCCAGAAAAAUGUUAUGAAAUAUUGCAAGAUUUUUCUGAGCAAGCAUCAAAUUUUACUUUGUGUUCGAUUUUAAAUUCAAAACCGAUAACCCUAUGCGAAAGGUGUGUCGAAAAAUACGUGACAUUUCGAGAUAAAUACGAAGAAUUAUUGAACACAACGAUAAAUGGAACUUCUUGUAGAUCUAUUUUUAUUUCACAAGACAGAUUAAAUGCAGUUCAAGAAUAUCAUGACAAUAUUCUAUCCAUAUGGAACAAAGGGAACUGUAAUGGUUGCUUUGAUUGGAUUCAAGGAAAACCAUCCCUUAAAAAUGAUACAAUACGCUUUUAUAAAAUGACUAAUGAUACUAUGGAUUGUAUUGUAAAAAAUAUGGAUCCUGAUAACACUGAAGUUUGCAAUAGAUGUAUACAGUCCUACAUGCAAUUGGAUAAUUUCUACAAAACCUUAAGUUCAGAUUCAAUUGGUGUUGACAGUGUUUGUAUGGACAUAGUGGACUCUAUGAAUGCAACAAGGUAUAUUUGGAGUAAAAAUCUUAAUUGCUGUAAAUUGAGGAAAAAACCAGAAGUAGUAUUUUUGUGUUGUGCAGGAAUAAUAGCUAUCUUGCCAUUAAUAUACUAUUUAACAGUGCGCUUUUGUGGACCAAUCAGAGAUUUACCUAAUGUGCUUAAGCAAUCAAGAUUUAAACAAACUAUUUUGAGGUCAAUUAAUGGAAGAAAUGACUAGGUUAUAUUAUAAUAUACAAUAAAGGAAAUAAGUAAAAUAUAAAAUGUUACAGUACUUUUAUUUGUCCAUUCAUUGAAUGAAAACAUUUAAAGUAUCCAAAGGCACAGUAAAACCUCUGGAUAGUAAGUAACUUGUACACUUGAAAAUGUAUUAACAUUUAAUUAGACUAUCUAUGUCUUGCUUUUUUAUUAUUGUUCUUUUUUAUGUUACUGUUAUUACUACUAUUUGAUAAUUUAUGUUUUAAGGAGUUAGGUGUUGUAUCACCCUUAUUUAAUAAACCAAUUCCACUAUC